CACAAGAAGCCCAAACACCGAGUAAAGCUUAAUUAAAUACUGCGAAUUUUGGCGCGAACUCUGGAUCACCGUCUCCGAUUCUCUGCGACCAUGACCACAGUACCAGAAGUGACCGAUCUCUUCGCGAUGCUCGCUUCGCACCUCAAAACCCUAAAUCAAGAACAAGAACAAGAAGAAGAUCUUAACCUCUCAAUUUCAAUGUUCAACCAAUCUCUGAACCUCAACAACGAAGACUCUAGGGUUAGGGUUUUGGACACGGUACUAUCCCUAAUGUGCUUCAGAGCACCCCAGGUUUUAAAUUCGGUGCUUGAAUGUUUGGUCCAGACGAUUGUCACUGUUUUGUCCUCGUCGAUUUCUUGCCAGGCGUUUAGGUUUCAGAAAGACGAGGUUUUGCAGGUCGGUAGCUCGUUUUCACGCCAAAAUUGCACGAAAUUGAUCGAAGCAUGCGCCGAUAUUGUCGUGAAAUUGGAGGGACAUGGGGUUCUUGCACAGAUCUUAUCGGGUGCUGUUGUAAGAGUAGUGAUUUCAGCAUCUUGCUAUCGAUAUUUGUUACCAACAGCUCUUGUUCUUGAUGCGAAAUCAAUUGAUGGAAGAAGCACGGCAAUUUCACAGCUCCUCUGCCAUUUGCCCAGAGAGUUCUCCCUUAACAACCAUGAAAUACCUUUCAGGUUGCUGUCAUGGUAUCUUGACCCAUUAACACUAAAGCAUGAUGUUUUGAAAAUUUUGCAAGACACUAUGGGGAGGCCUUUCAUUUGCUUGAAUGAGGAAUUUCAUGAGAGGAUGGACUGGCGCUCUACAAUCGUUUGCUUGGUACUUUCUCCCACUAUGUUUAUUGAGACCAGAGCUUUGUUACAUAGAUGGCUUCUAGUGACGGGUCUGGCCUCUAUACAAGAGUUUCUAACCAAGUUUGUCUCAGUAAUAGUAGAUGUAAUCUCCAUACCAACAUGGUGGGGCAUAUCAGUGGAAUUGGGAUCGAAGCUGCCUUUUUCUAGUGCAUAUUUUCCGUACAACCACCACUUAUUAAGAACCUUGGCUGGACCGCUCUCAUCCGAAAGUCUUCUGCAGUUAACUUCUUCUGUAAGUGAACCAGUUUCUUGUGCUAGGAAAUAUCUUGAUUCGACAACCAAACCAGCUGUUCUGAAUAUUAGAACAAUCGAUCACAAAUCUUCUUGGGCUCUGGCGAUCAACUUCCCAGAUUGGUUCUAUUUUGCUUCUAUUUUACUCUUCUCUGGGGAAAGCCUUCCAGACAAUUUUCAUUCAAAGUUCAAAUUGGGGAUGGCCAGAGUUGAACGAACACAUGACAUGGAACCACCUUCUUAUCGUGCUGCUGCAGCAAGGUACAUAGCAUGGAUUCUGAGCCCCAUUAGUAAAUCUCAUCAGGAUUUGCUCGUUGAUUCUUUAACUAAAAUAUCAGAGUCCUGGAUGCUCAAGUGUUCAGUUUCACAUGACAAAGAAGCAGCCGGUUACAAUAAGAAACUGAAGAAACCAAAUUUUUGUCACAACAAGGAUUACACUCUCAAAAAGGAGCAUGAUUUUCAAACCACCGGACUCUGGCUCAAAGAAUUCCAGGACAUAUCCAUGUGGUAUUGGAAUUACACUCUCAACACUAAUGCAUCUUGUGAGGCCAAAUCAUCCUGUGAUCUUAAUUUUCAGCAAAAUCAGUUGUUCAGAAGAAUCCCAUUGGGCAUCUUGAUAGGGUGCUUGAAUCAUAUAGAUGAAGAUGGAUGUCAGAUGCUGCUACAUUAUGCUGCAACGGGUAGAAUACUUCAGUCAAUAGAACAUAAUAACACUAAAUUGAAGCAUGUAAAAUGGAGCUCUGUAGGGUGGGAAGGAUCUGUUAGGUGGAGUGAUAAAUGUGAUAAAAGGGAGGCUGUAGCAGGUGCCUGUCUUGUCUUCAGUUUAACAGAUACCGUUGAGAGCAUGUCUGUUUUAUUGUUUGAAACUGAAGAGAGUGGAUUGCAAUUUAUUUUCCGGAUGAAGUUAAGGGCUUGCAAGUACUUGAUUAAGUGUAUCAAGAGGCUAAUCCAGCUCGGAAUUGAUGAAGAUGGAGUCACGAUGCUAAUUGAUCUCAGCAGUAGAUUGGUAAAGUGGAAGCAUCAAGGGCAACAAGCAUCACCAGUUGACAAAGAUAUAGAUGAUAUAAUUAAUAGCUUGACUCAUAAAUUAUCUUCACUUUGAGAGGAGGUUUUGUAAAGGAAUAGCCACUUGUUUAUGCAGAAGUUGUUCUGUGAGUUCCUAACCAUUUUUAUCCAGUUAGAGAGAUGAGUAAGGUGUAAAAACACAGGUAUUCUUCGGUUGUUCUAUGAGAACCUUGAAGGUGUAAGAAAAUGGUUGAAUAUUCUGUUUGUUAAUGAAUAGCUAUAAAGAUGGCUGAUACAACCUCAUACUUUCAGCAACUUCAAGCUCCUAUAGUGUAUUAAAUUUCACUAUGCAUAUUACCAUAUACAUCUUCUGAAAACUUGUAAAUAUUUAUACAAGAGUAAUAUUAUUCUUCA